UAUAACCUAGGUGAUUUCGAAAACUUAGCAAAGCGAAAAAAAAAGAAGAAAGGUUCUCAAGAGAUGGAGGAAGAUGUCAAGAACUUCAUUUUAGUAUGGCUUUCUGCAAUAAUCUCAGUAUCUUACUGUUACUACGUAUCACCGAAAAUCAAAGCUGGUUUACCUCGAUUACUCUCAGUUCUUCCAGUAUGUGCUCUGUUCCUCGUCCUUCCUCUGUUUUUAUCCUCUACGAUUUUCUGUUCACACACAGCGUUUUAUCUUUCAGUUGCAAGUUUAAAGCUCAUACAAUUCUCCUAUGAGCAAGGCCCUCUUUUCCCACUUCCCCAAAAUCUCUCCCAUUUCAUUUCCUUGACUUGCUUACCCAUCAAGCUUCAACAAAACCCUAAAUCCAUUAACCAUUUCCCCAAAUGGUUUUUUGCAGUUAAAGUUGGAAUCUUUGGUGUGUUGUUACAUGUGUAUGAUUACAUACAAUAUCUCCCUUCGAUUCUACUAUUAGGCCUCUAUCCUCUCCAUGUAUACUUAGAGCAUGAGAUUCUCUUGACCCUUCUCAAAUCUCUAGUCACAAUCACUCUUGGUUGCGACCUCGAGCCUCAAUUCAACGAGCCAUACUUAGCCACCUCUCUUCAAGACUUUUGGGGUCGCCGGUGGAAUCUCACGGUCACGGCUAUUCUCCGGUCAAGUGUUUAUUCUCCUGUGAGGCGAAUUUGCGGACACUUAGUAAACUCCGAGCGGGCUAUGAUCAUUGGUGUUUUAGCGACGUUCUUAGUCUCCGGUGUGGCUCACGAGGUGCUCUUCAUUUUUGUAACCCGUGAUCCGCCUACCGGGGAAGUCACUUGGUUCUUUGUGUUACAUGGAGUUUGCACGGUGGUUGAAGUGUUGGUGAAGAAGAAUUUUUUGGGGCGGUGGCGGGUGAGACCGGUUGUGUCGCGGCUGGUCACGGUGGGAUUUGUGUGUCUGACCGGUGGUUGGCUUUUCUUUCCUCAGUUAAAACGGAGCAGUGUGAUGGAGAGACGUGCUAAUGAAACCUUGUUGUUCGUUGAUUUCUUCAAGCCCAAGUUUUUGUUACCUUAAACCGUUUGCAAAACUUGAUUCCACGUAUUUAUUACAAGUUUUCUUCCUUACGUGAUUGUCUCGUGGAAUGAUGGAAUAAGAUUAUAAAAAAUAACACACAAAUAAGAACAUGUGGAUGUGCAUCACAUUGUUAAACACUAUUUGUUGGUAGGAAAAAAAAAUUUACAUUAACAAAAAGGCCCAAUCGGGUAGAUAUGCAUUUGGCAUCAAAAAUUUUAGAAACUUUGGAUCGGCACUGGAGCAUGAGUGUCUCUUAACCCUCGUCAAAAUUCUUGUCAAUUUGACAUAUUCAUUAUCCUUAAAUUCUGUAACUACAUGCAAACUUG